AUGGGAUUUCGGGCUGUAGCUAUUCCAAUUUCUCCUCUACUUGCCGCACUGACCAAUGGAAAACAAAAAAUUGAGAAGAAUUUUUACUCACAGAUUCUAGAUCCCUCUCUUCUUGCACCUUUCCCUCCUUACAUCCUCUUCAAGGAUACUUCCUUGGUACCUACUUCCAAGAACGGUCUUAUUAUACGAGGGAUUGGCAACAAAAAUGUUCCAGAAGAUCCUCCAUUCCCACUUCAGAAGACGGACUCAUUACUACUGGAUUUUGAAGCUAAAGACACUACAGACUCUUUACUUGGGAACAAGUCAUGGCCGCGGCUAACGACUGGAUGGACAUUGUGGAUAGCCCGCUUGCGACUUUAUUUUGAAAAAGAUUGGGAAAGGCUUGGGUUACUUCAAUUGAUAAGAAUGAGUGAACAAUCUUUUGACUUCCAUGCUGGUAUGUGUAGGUCGUUUCUUCGAUACUGGAGUCCUUCUGCCAAUUCUUUCCUUUUCCCUUGUGGUCCCAUGUCUGUUACUCUGAAGGAUGUAUUUAUGCUUACUGGACUUCCAGUUAUUGGUUUCGAUGCUCCCUGUUUAUUUGAGGUAGACCAAAAACAACUGUUCUCUUGUCCAGACUAUCACAGCUACAAGGCAUGCAUUGAGAAGUGGUGCAGAGGAAUGGAGACCCCUUCUUUGGAGGAACAUACAGAAUUUCUAUGGGUUCUCAUCUGUAAGUUUAUUCUGUGUACCCCUUCUGGUGCUCCCACCAAGGAAUCUCUGAGGUUGGCGAGUAAGUUGGCCACUGGGACUUUUGUGGCUCUAGGGUUUGUAUUUCUGGGUGCUUUUUAUCAGGCUCUCCAACAGUGUGUUACCAACAAGCCCUUAGCCAGGUUGGGAGGUCAUAUGUGGUUGCUACAACUGUGGAUCUUCUCUUACUUCCCUGAGGUUAGGGGCAAAGUACCAGGUCCUCUUCGUAUUUCCAUUAUGGAUCUUCUGGAGGCUAAGUGUUGUUUAGAGGAAGGUGCAGUUUUCGACUUUUUGGGAGCUUUAACCACUAGAGAGGCAUCUGCUUUCUCUGUUUUUGAUCUCCCUUUUCAUAUGCCUCUCUGGAUGGCUAUCUUUUCUGGUUACCCCAGUGCCCUUCUCUUGGUUAAGAGAAAGCUUCUUUGUGCUUUCACCACUUCCAGAGUAUUGUUUGUGGGUGGAUCCCAGGCUUUUUCCACUCGCUCUUCUAGCCAGCAUCUUGUGUGGAAAGUAUAUAUGAGCAGUCUCUGGAGUAGACAAUUUGGGAUUGGUCCUGGCCAGAUUCAUCCUUUCUUGGCUCUUUAUGCUACUCUGACUGAGUGGACUAGCAGCGUUGUGGAGAAACUCUCGAAUUUGCAUGUUCACUAUCGCUGUCCUUUAGUGGAGAAUUUGUCCACUUCUCAUGACUUCGCUUCUUGGUGGACAGAGCGGUUCCAAUUGAUCCAGUCCAUGCGUGCAGCCGCCAAAACUCCUAAGAAGUCUACCUCCUCUGGCACUCCUAAGGAAAAGGCCAAAAGAAGGAGAAAUGAUUCAUCAGAUUCCGCCAAAUCCUCUAGAGAAUCUUCUGGUGAAUCUGCCAAAUCUUCUGGUGCAUCUUCUUCACAGACGAAACGGCUUAGGCGUUCUGGGAGAGUGGUGAAACCAGUUAGGAAAUCUGGUGGUCCUAUGCUUGACCCUGACACUGUGAUCUUAGACGAUGAAGACACACCACAUUCUUCAUCUUCUCAUGCUGCAUCUGAUAAUGAAGAAGAAGAUGUCAAUGGUGUUGACACAGGAGUUGCCGAUGCUGAAGACAAUAGACUCCGAUCUCCUUAG